UACAUUUAUGUGGCUAUGGAUAGGGCUAAAGAAGCCAUUGUAAAAUCAUUUGGGGGAGUAGAAGAUAAAUACUCAGAUAUUUUUGAAAUAAUUGAUAAGAGGUGGAAUGUUCAACUUCAUCGCCCUUUGCAUGCAGCAGGUUAUUAUUUGAAUCCAGAAUAUUUUUAUUCAAAUUCGAAAAUUGAAGAAGAUGAAGAGAUUGCAAAGGGUUUGUAUGCAUGCAUUGCAAGGUUAGUCCCGGAUGUCAAAGACCAAGACAAAAUUACUGAGGAGCUGUCCUUAUAUUCUAAAGCUGAGGGCCUCUUUGGUAAUCCCUUUGCUAUUAGACAGAGAAGUACACGAGGACCAGCCAAUUGGUGGGAAGCUUAUGGCAAGUCAACAAAACUUCUCCAAAAGUUUGCUAUAAAGGUUUUAAGCCUUACUUGCAGUUCUUCUGGUUGUGAACGAAAUUGGAGCGUGUUUGAGCAUCUUCAUAACAAGAAAAGAAAUAGGCUCGCUCAAACAACGUUGAAUGAUUUAGUGUUCAUCAAAUAUAAUAGAGCAUUGAGGCGUCGAUAUAAUAUGCGUGACACUCUUGAUCCCAUUUUACUCGAUGACAUUGAUGAGAGCAACGAGUGGUUGACGGGGAGGGUGGAUGAUUCUAAUGCAGAACAUGAUCUAGUCUAUGAAGAUGAUUCCUUGACAUGGGGUGAUGUUGCUAAUUUUGCUGGUAUUGGAGAGGCAAGCAGGCCGCAACGGUCUACUAGAUCAAAAUCUAGUUCUAGUUCACGGUUACCAACAAAAGGAGCAGGAAGUUUUUCAGUUCGACUUGUGGAUGAGGAUGAGGAUGAUUCAGAUGAGAUAGAAGAGGAUCCUGAGAAUUAUGAAUCAUUUAGUGACGAUCAAAAUGAUGUUAUGCUUAUUGAUGACGAGGAUGAUAUUUAGAUUCAUUGGUGUUGUCUUCUUAGGAAGAAUGAUGUUUAUGUUUGUUUUACUUUUAUCUUAUACUUCUCCUUAGUUGACUUUUGCAUCUUUAUGUUAAUAUGUUUGAUUAUUCACUGUUUUGAACUCAAGUACUUGAUUUACUUGGUUUUGGCAUCUUUAUGUUGAAUAUUUAACUUAAGUAAUUCAUUUAGUUGACUUUUACAUCUUUCUAUAUAUUAUUGCAUGAUUUGCAUUUUUAAUACUUUAUUGGGUGGGUUUUGUUUUUUUUUUUUUCCAACGUGCGCCUUGCUUCAGUCGGGCGCGCGCCUCGCCUUGCGCCUCAGGCUCCAGGAGGCAUUUGCGCUUUUGUGCGCCUUGAGCCUUUAACAACUAUGCCCAUUUGUUAUUCAUAUCUAUCACACACGUGCUUUAAUUUGCUUUGGUUUGCACUUUAUGUAUAUUGAUUUAGCUAACUCACUGAACAGGUAUGCUGGAGAAUUCUCUUUUUGAUAUUAUCUAGUUUAUAUUGCAUAUGUAAAAAUUUCAAUGACAUGCAUACUUAAAUAUGCAUUUCUAUUGCACAUGACUUUGUCUAUUUGUGCUUGCGCAUUACAAUAUGUAUUGCUUUUAGUUCUAAAGACUAUGCCAUCAGACUACGCCUUGAGCCUUCGACAACUGUGAGUUCCGCUAUGUUACAUGGAGUGAGGUAUGUGUAUCGGGUGUGGGUUCAUGUCUAAGUGUCAGACUCAAUCUUAGGACAUGCAAAAACGUGUCCAUAGAUUCGAUACAGAUAUACACAUAUUGCGCAUUUGAAUACUUUAGAUGUUGUACAACAGUAUAAAGUCUAAUGUUGUUGCAUUUUUAGAAUAUACUCAAUUAUGAUUUAAAUUAAAGACCAUGUAGUAAAAAGUGAUUUUCACCUAUUUCUAAAAUAGGGAGCUCUUAUCUACUAUCAAAUUUGAUAUUUUAAUUAAUUUUCACAAGUGAAAGAUUGAAGUGUCCAAUUUGGGUUUGGAUGUUGAACACAUAUCCAUACCAUGUUGUGAUGUGUUGAUACGAGUACGUAAAGGGAGGUAAGAGGGUCCAUGUAACUCUGGAUUUCAGUUGAUUGUAGUACUUACUUUUGAAGGUCACCCACAGGAUUUUCAUGGUUAAGGAUUUUUCAGUCAGCCUUAGCUGACAGGAUUGAGGCAGCUUUCCUAGCAGAGCUAAUCCCAAUCAGAUCUUCCCUUUAGGUCUUACUCAUCUUGUUCCAAUCAACAAACUUACUUUUCCUUUAGUCAAGAUAUUAUUAAAUUGAAGAGACUUCCCUAAUAAGUUUAUCAUUUAUAUAUUGUAUUUCAAAAGGGCUGAGGUUACAACUCGAACAAGGUGAAAGCUGUUGGAAGCAUUUUGGCCAAGAUCUUAUAUGUGAUGUUGCAAAGAGAGAUCUAGAGUGGGUGGUGGUUUCACAACUAUCAAUUUUGGGGAUCAAGAUGGAGAAUUCUGUUGUUAUCUCUGAAAUUUCUAGUUGACAUUGCUCAACUGAUCUUGCUAUGGAUUAUUUUGCAAUAGACAUUUGAAAGAAAAAAGGUCCGGGAACCAUCAGGGACCAAAGUUCAGUUAUAGGCAGGGUUUGUCAGUUGAUAUGUCAUUGCUAAACUGGUUGCUGAAGUCCUCCUGAACAUGGUUUUUGAGAACAUCGUGAUCAGAAGUCCAAUUGCCUUUAGGGUCCUUUAAAGUUUUCACUUUAUUUUCCCUUCUGCUGCUAAUGAUUUUCGAAAUAGACACCUCCUGUUUUACUCCCCACAAGUGAUCCACAUUACUCUGGACCUUUGAAGUCAGUCCAUUUCUUCUUGUUAGGGGAUCUUACUAUAAGAUUUCCAUGAAGUCUGUGUCUUCUUCCAAAAAGAUUUCCAAGGAAGUCUAAACAGCUUAAAACCUAGUAGUGAUUUUUCUCUUGUUUCUGAAAGAAUUACCAAAAUCAUUUCUGUUCCAUUCCUUCACUGUCUUCGGAAAGAAAUAAGAAGCUACUACUGAAUCAUUGAGGAUUUUUGGGAGAUCUGUUGCCAGGUUUUCUCAAGUAUUCCUUCAAAUUGUUCAUGGGCUGUCCAGGAAAUUUGAGCCGAAAGGAAUUUUUGUACUAGAUAUACUUGACAGUUGAUGAAAAGAGGGUUAGGGCUUAAUGAGUAUACCCAGGCAAAGGACUAUGAGUAUCUUAGUUCUGUUAUGUUUAGGAUAUGGAUUGCCGAUGACAUUGAAAAUGAAAGUAGGAUGAAGAUUUUUUUUUUUUUGAUAAGUGAAAAUUGGAUGAAGAUAGAAGCAAUUACGAAAAAAAAAUGCAAAGAUUUAAGGUAGGCUUUAGAUAUGCAUGUUGGUGAUAGAACACUAUAAUUUGUGCAUUUGUCUACUCUGUUUUUUGAGGAGUACAAGCAUCUCUGUUAAAAUUGCAGUCCUGAACUUGCAUAAGUUUUGACUCCGAUGAGAGUACUCUUAAUCAACAGUAUUGUACUGUCGAGGCAGAUUAUUUUUGGUCAAAAUGCUCAAAUUAGAGGAGACAUGCAUGUUGGUGAUAGAACGUGGGACAGAAGUCAGAAGCUACAGAAUCAUCGAGGAUUUUGGGGGUUCUGUUGCCAGACUUGCUCUACGAUUCCAUCAAAUUGUUCGUGGGCUGUCCAGGAAAUUUGAGGGGUGAAAGGAUUGUUUGAAUUAGACAUACUGGACAGUUGAUGAGGAGAGAGUUGGGACUUAAUGAGUAAUAACUAGACAAAGGACUAUUAUGAGUAUUUUAGUUCAUAGUUGACAGGGUGUUGUUUUUUUAUGUUGGGAUAAAGGCAUAUACUAUAUGAUUUUCCUUAUAAAUAGUUUGUGGAUGCACCUCGCAAGUGACAGUUUCUGUUUUAAUGUGAUUUUUUUUUUUUUUUUUCCCCAUAAAUUUUAAUGUGAUGUUUGUUAUAACAAAAUAGAGUAUUUAUUCUUUGAUGACCAUUGUGACAUUUGGUGACCUUCUACAUUUAGAAGUACUACCGAAAUGUUGUGGGUUUAUAUAUAUAUAAUAUGUCCAUUGCUGGUGCUUUCUAGUUAUUAAUUUUUUUUUUUU